AUGUCCCAUGGCUUCAGACAAGAUAUGCCCCCACCGGGAGGGUACGAGUCGAUCAAGUAUAAGCGGAACCUGCCAAUCAGGGGACCAGGGGGUGUGGUCAUUUUCGGGGCGGUAGCGGCGGUGUGCGCGUUUGGGUUCUGGCGGGUCGGCAUGGGCAAUCUGGAGAAGCGAGAACUCCAGCGCGAACAAGCCUGGUCACGGAUCUACCUCGUCCCUCUCAUCCUCGCCGAGCAAGAUCGGGACGCGUACAGAAGAAAUCAGGCCGCUUUGGCACGAGAAAAGGAGAUCAUGAAGGAUGUGCCGGGAUGGGAGGUUGGCAAGAGCGCGUACAAUACCAAGAGAUAUACGCCUAGUACGAUCGUCGUACUAUAG